UUAAUUGCAUGUGUCUGUACGUUGCACUGGAGGGAAAAGCACAGUACUUCUGCAAGAGCUUGGAGUCAAAGGGAACUUGGCAGAGGAACAUAUUUAUAGUCCAAACGAAAGUACCUCUGAGACCUGAGAGCUCCUCAUACCAUCAUGAAUGAAACUGCAUCCAAUACAAUAACUGGAUUAUAAUUUUUGGUGGUAUUAUUAUUAUUAUUGGCUGCUUUACUUUUUGGGGUUCAUCCUGCUCCUCUUCUUCCUCUCUCCCUCCUCCUUGCUGCUCCCUGUUGGAAAUUAUGGCUCAUCCUGGGAGAAGAGGCUAUGAUAACCGGGAGAUAGUGCUGAAGUACAUCCAUUACAAACUGUCACAGAGGGGAUAUGAUUGGGCUGCCAAUGAAAACAGAGGACCAGUUUCACCAAAUCUCUCUCCCCCUACUGCUACUGGGACCUCAUCUGACCAAGCUGGGCUGGUGUCUCUGCCUCCUGAGCCCCCUGGCUCGGCUGCUGCUAGUAACGUGCCCCUUGGUGAUGGGCUGCGCCCAGCACCGCAGGCUGUUCUCUUGGCUCUGUGCCAAGCCGGAGAUGAAUUUUCCCGUCGCUACCACAGGGAUUUUGCCCAGAUGUCUGGCCAGCUGCACUUGACCCCAUUCACGGCCAGGGGGCGCUUUGUGGCGGUGGUGGAGGAGCUGUUCCGAGAUGGAGUUAACUGGGGAAGGAUCGUGGCCUUCUUUGAAUUUGGUGGUGUGAUGUGUGUGGAGAGCGUUAAUCGGGAGAUGUCGCCUCUUGUGGACAGCAUUGCUGUGUGGAUGACUGAAUACCUGAACAGACACCUACACAACUGGAUCCAGGACAACGGAGGCUGGGAUGCCUUUGUGGAAUUGUACGGCAGGAACAUGAGGCCUGUGUUUGAUUUCUCCUGGAUCUCUUUGAAGACUAUCCUAAGUCUGGCUCUGGUGGGAGCUUGCAUCACCCUGGGUGCUUAUCUGGGACAUAAGUGAAGUCAACCAUCUAACCAUGGAUUACAAACAUCUUACGAAACAAUACAAUAAUAUGGUUUUUCCAGUAGCACAAUGAUAUUAGUUUUAUGAGCAGAAGUUCCUGGCUAAAUAUAAAUCAGCUAUUACUGCCAAAGGGAGGUAUCAUUUAUUUUUUACAUUGCAGGAAACAGUUAUUUAUUAAAGAUAUUUACAUUUAACUUGCUAUUUUCAGAAACUCUACAAACAGUUUAUAUCCGAGUAUCACAUAAUAUUGUUAUGAAUUGUAAUGAGCCCCAAACACCUUAAGCUUUUUUUUUUUUAAAUAAAUUAAUGCAGCUGGAUGGAUUAAAUAUACUGACAAAGACCUACCUGCUUUCUCUUGGGAGAGCAGUUGCUUGGGCUGCUUCAGACUGUGUAAUUUUGUUGAUUUUACUACAAUUUCUCACAGAUCCAAGGAGAUGGGAUCCUAAAAAAAUCAGAGGGAGUGAAGUUAGAAUUAUUUCCAGCUGGCAAGUACUGACAUUAGUAUACAAUUCAAUAUGGUACAUACUUGGUGUCAGAAUAGCAACUUCUCGGACAGCUAUCUAUAGGAGUCUCCUGGCAGGACAACAGUUUGAAAUACGAUUGCAUAUAUUUUAUGAAAGUAUUUUUAAGCUACCAAAUUGUGCCAAUACAUCAUAAUCAUAACAGUAUCAUCUGAUACCUUAAAAGGAUGAUAUGUCAAUUCAGAUACUCUUUAUGAGCGCAUGAAAUGAAAUCCUUUCGACAUGCAAGAAAUUACUGUUUCAAUGAUUUCCUCAGCAGUAAAAUGUCUUUUACAGCUACACACACAGAAACCGUGAGACCGUAAGUGCCUGCCUCUGCAGAGCACAGCUGGAGUCUGGAGUCCUGACUUGUGUCCCAUUUUAGUGGGCUCAUAUAUGCAACUGAUCCUGUUUACUUGCUGAGCUCCUCUAGGGUUUUGAAACCAAUUAAGUUUGGUCUCUACAUCCCUGAAAGUUGAAAAAGGUUUAAAUUUAUUUGGCAAGAAACAGACCUCAUCUGAGUUCCAGAUUAGCUCGAACUAUACUUGUUUAUCAAACUGGACACCAAAAUCACGUACAUUUUCAUAACAAAGAAGUCAGAUGACCUGUAUUCUUUCCCCCAUUUCACACCCCCUCCCCGCCGAAGUAUUUCAUGCUAAUUAUUUCUUAAGACUUUCUGCAGAAAUAAAGAAGAUGAAGAAAUUGUUCUAAUCCUCUAGCUGGACAGAGACUCACUGACAUCCAGAUUCCUUAGGUGCCUAUUGUCAUUUCAGGGGAGAAUAAAGAGGGGGAAAGGAUGGACUGAGUCAGCUUCCUGAACAAUAAAUGCAACUUCAAUAAGAUUAAUUCAGAAUACUUAAUAUACAGCUUUAUAACAACUGCAUAAAUCCUGAACCAUAUAUCUUAGACAUGUCAACAUACUUUAAGGUGGGCUUUAACAAUCUUUUGGCUUCUAUGAAUUCCACCUUAAAAACCUCUAAGUCAAGUGUUUUUAUUUUUUUACUAUGAAACUGUCAAAAUAUGAACUUUGUGGCUAAAUGUACAUCCAGGGACAAGUCAGAAAGCUCUGGAUAAAAGGACAGGAACAACAUACAAGUACUUUCAGAGUGAAAACAGUACAAUGAAAAACUAUGCAGAGUCAACCUUGUGAUUUCAAUAAUAUAACGUUGUGGCAUUAUAUGCAAUAUCUGCAGUAAUUUAGGAAUGUAAUAUGUUCAUUGUUAAGGCUGUAAUUGAUGUGAUUUCUUCAAAGCUGCUUUUUUUAGAUUUGUGCAUCUCAGCAUUUUUAUUGCUAUUUAGUCAUGGCACCUACACUUUCUGUGGGCAAAGAUGGAGUGAGCGUUGCAUUUCAAAUUUAAAAUUAUUUUAAUUUUACAGAAACAUUUAAUGGAACUAAUGUUUCUAAAGCAAAUGUGAUCUGUUUUUAAACUCUGAGUAAAAACACCUGAAAUGUCAAAACUGUAUGCAUUUGUGCAAGGCACUUAUGAAAAAUAUUUAAAAAUAAUAGGGAACCACAUAUUAGGAACUGAAUGUGGUCUUAGUUUUUCAACCUAGCAGGUUUAAUUUAUGGAAAGCCGGGUACAAAGCUGAACUAGAAUUGGCACUGUACUACUGUUUCAAUCCACAUUCCACAAUCUAGUCUUCAUUUCAGUUUGUGUCUAUUAACCCCCCAUUAAAAAUAAUGAUUUGACCUUGAACUUUUUCAUCGUUGAAUUGUUUAUUGAUGGUUUACAUUAUCAAAAAAUAUAAAAAGAGUAACUAUAAAUUCCUGUGCUGCUAUAUUACCAGAUAAUUUGGAUAGAGUUUAUUUUGAACUAUCCUCCAGUGGCAAGAUUUUUCAAAGCUGCUUUAGAAGUAAUAUGAAGUAGUCACAUUACAGAGAUGAUUAUGUAGAUGCUGCCAAUUUGUGUUCUGUUGUAUCUGUUCACUGGGAUUCUCAGCAUAUUAGUUAAUAAGUUAAAAAAGUCAAGGCAACUGUUAAUGGUUAUUUUAUUAAACAGAUAAUGGAGCUUUCCCAUUCUGACUGCAGAAUUAUACAAUAUUGUGGCUGCGUUAGCUGUAAGUUGAUGAUGCAUUUAUUAUUAAUCACCAUACUAGAAACAUUGAAUGUAUAUAAAAGCUUGAACUUGUUUAAAAAAAUCUCCCCCUCGACCAUCUUGCUUUCCCAGUGAUUCCUGUCACUUCCAUUUUCUUUGUUACCGUGUGAAACAAAACUUUCUCUACAAUAUGCAAGGCCUUACUGUCAUGCUCCAAAACUACAUUUCAAUUAAAAAUCACUUCUCACCCUGGAUCAGUCCUGGUGGCAAUCUGUAAAAAGAAGCUAAACAUAUAAAUAGUUGCACUUCUAAAGUUACUUGGCUGUGGAGAACCAAAGGACAACAUGGGAAGAAGUGUUAAGAAGUGUAGGGUACGUCUUCACUACCCGCCGUAUCGGCGGGUAGCAAUCGAUUGCUCAGGGAUCGAUAUAUCGUGUCUUAUCUAGACGCGAUAUAUCGAUCCCCGAACGUGCUUAUAUCGAUUCCAUAAUUCCACCAACCCGAACGGAGUUGCGGAAUCGACAGGGGGAGCCGCGGACAUCAAUCCCACGCCGUGAGGACGGUGAGUAAUUCGAUCUUAGAUACUUCGACUUCAGCUACAUUAUUCACAUAGCUGAAGUUGCAUACCUAAGAUCGAUUUUGCCGCGUAGUGUAGACCAGCCCGUAGUGAGGAGAUAGAUCAUUGAUGUAUCUCCAUGACUGAGGAUAAAAGUGUCUGAGAAAUUUGGCCACGGUUCAUCUAGGUGAAAAGAAAAAGAAUGAUAGGCAGUGAAGAUAAACAGAGCAAAAGGUUACAAAAUCCCCUCCCCCCACAAGUACUUAAGUAAAGCCUUGUUCAUUCUAGCAGCAAUCAUCUACAAACCAGAUCAGAUAUUUGAUGUUACUGUACCACAUUUUUUUUUUGUCCUUUAAUUCUUUUGGGCUUUGUUUUUCAAUAAAAUAAUAAAGAAAAAGGUCUUGUUUUUUUAAACGAAAACUUCAUAAGAUCAUAUGAGAUUUGUUAUAGUUUCACAAUGUACCGGUAAGCCCCUUUGUUUUCAGUUUUAACUGAUUUUUACCUAAAAUUUACUGGGUUUUACAAAAGUAUUUUUCAUUUUUUCACCCUACUUUUGUAUCAUUCAAAUAGAUUAAAACCAACUUGUUUUAUUAGGAAAAUACAAUACAUUGUAUGAUAUAUAUGUGUGUACAUGCAAAGCUGCCUGUUGAAGUAAGGCUAUGUAUUAGUCUAGAAGGCACACAUGUAAGCUUUGAAGUGCGUGUGUAUCUAAACAUACUGAUGAAUCUCACCCCCCAGGUACACAUUUCAAGCUAUUAGCAGAUAACAGUUUAAAUAUUUGACACACUAAAAUGGGAAGAAAACGAAAAUCUGUCUCAAAAAAUGUUUCAGAACACAAGAAAAUAUUCAAAAGUUUUAAAAAAACAGAAACAGGAGAAAAGGCUGAAGUUAUGUGUAUGCGCUGCAAAUGGUGUGGCCCAAUUAUUAAAUGUUUAUAGGCUAAGUCUACAACAGUAAACUGUUUAUUCAAGUGAAAAGUUUUAUUUGGGGAUUAGAGAGAUACUGUUUUCUUAAACUCAGAGGUAGCAAUGUGUUUUGAGUUCUGUUUUAGUUCAGCAACCCACAUUGAUGAACGGAAUUCAAAGCGUUAAUCUACUGAAUACUUUUUCCCCCUGCCCAUCUUUCCAUCCACCAAAAUAAACCCCAACAUUUACCCAGAAAAAUUAUGAAUCGUUUUUUGCACUGAGUUUCCCACCCAGUUUAUAAACACUGAUAAAUUCCCGGGGAAAAUUAAAUAAAAUAAAAACUGAAAACAAAGGUCUGUAUGUAUAGGGUAAAUAAGAGUUCUAAACCAAGGGGAAAGAGCCUAAAACUAAGUAUGGAGAAAUUAGAUGAGGAUAGUUCUUGGUAGUUCAGACAUUGGAUCGGACAAUGGAAUAACAUGUCUGUUGUGGUAACUGAAGCUACAGAGAGAAGUGGGCUAGUGAGGGCUGAAAGGUGAGUGGGGUUUGUACACACAGUCUUGUAUGAUAUAGAAGCUUGGCCACGAUGGCCCAAGAAGUAAAUUUCAAUCGUAACUAUCUACAUGUUUGUGCAUCAACCCCUAAUUACAAUUAAUAUAAUAUUUUCCUAGUUUCCUGUUGUGAGCUGUGAAAAAGCACACAGCUAUAGACUGGAAUAAUUCCUUUGGAAACAGACUUUUGCAUGUGAAGGUCAAUAUGGGAUGCUGUAAGGUGCAGGUUAUGAGACCCAAACUUCUUGUCCUUGCAUACACAAACCUCCCAUUCACCUCAGUGGAAGUUCUGCAUGGUGAUGUGGUUGGCUAUGUAUCUGCACUAAUUUCAUAUCCAGAAAUCUUUUUAAAUGUUGAUGAAAAGUGUGAUGAAGUUGUAUGUGCAAAGAGCCUGGAUUUCUAAUUUUUUUUUAAACAAGAUAGCAUAUAGAUUCAAUCACAUUAUUUGUUAAUGACUCCUAAUACCAUGUACGAUAAGUUAAACUUUUUUGGAUUCACUCUUUUGAAGUGUAAAUAUCCUCUGAAACCAGAAAAAUGUAGUUUUAUUUUGCAUUCCUAUUUAUCUUUAAAACAAAACUAAGCAACAGGAAGGCAAGGGAAUCAAUUUAAUCUAAACUGGUUUUUAAAAUGUGCUCCUGUGCUAAAAGUUAAUGUAGCUUCAUCCUGGAUUGAAAUCCUUACAACCAAGCUAUAAAGCAUUAAGAACUCCAUCACACAUAAAAAAUCAUGUAUAUUUUUAUUUAAAGAGCAUUUUCUCUUCUGAAUAUUUGACUUUUAAAUAUCACCAGCAUCAUUGUAUAUAAGCAGAUAUCCUUUAUCCAUUAUCUUGGAUGAUGUAUGUAAGGUAAAGUAGUUUGUCAGUUUAUUAUUGUUUAAUAUGAUUACAUUGUUCUUUGUGUUUAAACUGUUACAUGUUGCCAUUAAACUUUCUAUGUCUGUCUAGUUAAUAUUGUGAAGAAAUAAUAAAAUACACUGUGAGU